AUGCUGCAGACACCAAUCAUUGACCGAGAUGCCAUCCCUGGCACCUUUACGCUCAUAGAUGAAAACCAUGUCCUUACAACCCGCCAUCUCGAUUCUGGCGACCGCGACAUUGUCCUGGUUCCUGAGCCUUCCGACGACCCAGAUAAUCCACUAAACUGGUCACCACGGCGAAAGCUAUUGUCUACAGUCUGCGUCAGCGCGUACACCCUGUUCGCGGGCAUUGCUAGUGCAAAUGUCUACUCGGUCCUGACCCAGCUGUCAGAAGAGACCAAGGUCUCGGUCAACACGCUGAAUGAAGGAACAGGGUACAUGUUUUUGCUGGCCGGCUGGGGACUGCUGUUCUGGCAGCCUCUGGCUCUGCAGUAUGGGAAGCGGAUCACGUAUCUGCUUUCGCUUGCGGGAAUGGUGUGUACCAGUGCCUGGGGGUAUGUCUUCUAUUCCCUCUGGUCGAACCACGCUAAGGUUGACAGCCCUUAUGUACAGAGCAACGGGGAGUGGAUCGCUAGAAGUAUCAUCACGGGCUUCUUUCUAGCCCCAAUCGAGGCUCUCCCGGAGGUGUCUGUCACCGAUGUGUACUUCACUCAUGAACGCGGAACAUACAUGGGUCUGUACGCCUUCUUUUUAGCCGGAAGCAACUACUUUGCUCCCGUGAUUUGCGGGUUCAUCGCAGAGUACCAUGGCUGGAGAUGGGUGUUUUACUGGCCGGCAAUAUUCUGCGGCGCGGCUAUGGUCGUUCUGUUUUUCCUCAUGGAGGAGACGAACUAUGCCCGGCAGAGACCUAGCAUAGCUGACCGUGCAGUAGAGGUUUCUGCAUCAGAGAAUGACAACCGAAAGGAUAAUGAGAAGGACCCGAUGCAGUCAACGCCGUCGACUCAAAGUCGAAGUGACCCAGAGGUUGGAGUGAUGUAUACCAAGAAGGCGUACAUGCAGAAACUCUCCAUCUUGGGGCCUCAUCAGGCUAGGAAUAACAUGCUUCGUCGCACCUGGCAGACAGUUUAUUACUUGAGUUGGCCGGUGAUCUUCUACGCAGGGUGCGUACUCACGAGGCUGACUUUUCCCAGAUUCUCAUACGGAUCAUACCUUAUAUGGUUCAAUGUCUUGAAUGCAACCGCUUCGUUGAUUUUGGGUUCUGCGCCGUAUGGCUUCAGCUCGUCAAUGGUAGGCCUCAGCUAUCUCGCAUGCUGCCUUGGCGUCAUUCUUGGAUCCCUCUUCACUGGCCGCUUCAGCGACUACCUAACCAUAAAGCUCGCGCGACGCAACGCCGGCGUCAUGGAGGCCGAGCACCGCCUGUAUCCCUUCUCCCUGUGCCUAAUCCUGGUUCCUUCCUCGCUAAUCCUCUGGGGAGUCGGUGCUGCACAUGGCAUUCACUGGUUCGGGCUACUGGUUGCGAUGUGCCUGCUCGCAAUCGCAAACACAGCCGGAAUUACUUUGAGCGUGAACUAUCUUGUUGACAGUUAUCGCGAGCUUAGCGGGGAUGCAAUGGCGACUGUUAUACUGGUGCGUAAUACCAUGUCGUUUGCGAUCGGGUACGGGAUUACGCCCUGGGUUGAGCGGCUGGGGUACCGGGAUUGUUUUGUCUCGGCGGCGUUUGUGGGCAUGGCUUGUUCGGCUGUUUUCCUUGUCAUGGUCAAGUGGGGGAAGGGGUGUAGAGUUAGGAGUCGCGAGAGGUAUUGGGGUGUUGUGGAAGAGAAUUGGGAGAGGGGUAUGGGCGGGGGGCACUAG